AAAAAAAUGUGUUGCGAAAUUCAACAGGGAUGUAUCUUAGUUGUGUUUUUCCUUGUUGACUUUUGUUGUUGUUUUGAUUUGUGAUUUUGUAUCAGGUUUAGCUUGUGUGAGGACUAUACAUCACUAUGAGUGCAGCAGAACAAGGUGCACGUGGUGGAGGUGAAAGGCUUCAAGUCUCUGGCUCCCAACAAGAUUGUGUACUGCACAAUGGAGGUCGAGGGCGGAGAAAAGCUGCAGACCGACCAGACAGAGGCCCAAAAGCCCAUCUGAGACACUCAGGGGGACUUCACCACCACCCACCUGCUGCCGGUCGUCAAGGUGAAGCUGUACACGGAGAGCUCCGGCAUGCUCAGUCUCGAGGACAAGGAUCUGGGAUAGGUGCACGUGGUGGAGGUGAAAGGCCUCAAGUCUCUGGCUCCCAACAACAUUGUGUACUGCACAAUGAAGGUCGAGGGCGGAGAAAAGCUGCCGACCGACAAGGCAGAAGCCUCAAAGCCCAGCUGAGACUCUCAGGGGGACUUCACCAUCACUCACCCGCUGCCGGUCGUCAAGGUGAAGCUGUACACGGAGAGCUCCGGCAUGCUCAGUCUCGAGGAAAAGGAGCUGGGAAAGAUGUUUUAUUAUUCCCUCCGCCACCAUCGUACGAGGAGUGCCGUAAAGGUUACCCUCCAUACCAAGCAAACGACCCAGGUCCGUCUGUAGAUCCGGGCAUUCAACUCACAGCUCCACAGUGUCAAACAUGUGGUCAAUCCAUUGGGUACGCGGCUCAGCCGGGUUUUCAAGCUGGGUUCCAACCUCCGCCCGGAUGCCAGCAAGGUGCGCCCCCGUUCUUUUACCAAGGUCAGCCUUGUUACCCAACGCCACAUCCGUACACAGACAGACCUUACCCUAAGGGGUCACACAGUGGUCAGCAGCCUUUCGGACAGCAUAUUCCUGGACAGAAAUAUACUACAACAGAAGUUUUGUUUCAGGUCGUCUCACAGCCUGUUCAACAGCCAGGAAAUGAAGUUACCAUCAAUCCACCUCCAGACUACAUGGCUCUCGCCAUCCUGGCAACCUUAUGUUUUUUCCCGAUGGGGUUUCCCGCCAUAUUCCACGCGUCGACCGCAAACGAGUGUGCGAAGAAAGGCGACAUGAGGACUGCAGAGACAUUUGCUGAGUCCGCACAAGGCCUGAUAAUUGCAAGUUUCGUCGUUGGCGGAAUCGCCAUCAUACUCGUCAUAGUUAAGUUCGGGUUUCUUAGCAAUUAGUCAUUAAAACUCAGUGUCCGUACAAUAUUCUGAACUACAUGAUAUAUGCGGCGGACAAUCGGCCCCAUCGGGAUCAACAACAAAUAGUGUGACCGCAAUGUCCAGCUGUGUGCGUGGCACUGUUCAGUAACUCAAGUGAAAACAAAAUAUACACAAUAAACCUGUUAACUGUAACGUGUGUAAAUUCUGACGAGAACAUGUGCAAAAUCACGUGGCAAAAGGUAACGACGUAAUCUGACGCAUGCAACAGACCUCCAUUAUGUACACACCGGUCUUACUGACCUGUGUUUACGCGAAAGGAAUUGUGGGUAGCACUUCUUUUACGAAUGAAAAGUGAAAGCGAAAGAAGGUCAGAUAAAUCAUGCCACUAAUAAUUGCUAUCCGUCUUAAUAGAGAUUCAAAGUCACAUUUAAACAUAAUACAAUUACAUCUCUUGUAACAACAUUCAAUUUUAAACAUUUCAUUAUUAACAUUUUCAUUCCUACGCAGAACUACUUUGGCGGAAGCAUACAUCCCCAAACCAGGGGAAUUUGAUGCGUCUUAGUAUAGAGGUGACAAUAACGUAGUGACGUCACCAUCUAUGUAUAGAAUGACAGACCUCAUCCCGCCAUUUGCAUGAGAUCAUUCAACAAUCUAUAUGCCCUAUGCUUAUCCUAGACAUGACUAAUCAGCGAAACGAGCAAUGGGCCAUUAUUUGGUGUGUUCUUCUGGUCUAGUUUAACGUUGGUGCCUAUUUGUAUAUAUAUUUAAGUAAAUACUGUAUUGAGCAGCACUUGAUGCAAAACAAACAUAAAUUAAUAAUAUCCUUAGUAAUAUAUAUUAUGUAGUAUGUGACUUUCGGAAAGGCAAGCUUUAUUGAAAAAACAACAACAUUUGGACGACAAUUUUCGCCUAAACUGAUUUUUUAAGAAGAGACUUUCUUUAAACUAAACAUGUCAUAUAAGCGGAAGAGUUGUUCCUGGUUAUCCUGUGCGGGCUAAUCUGGGACGACACUUUACGCACAUGUAUUAAACCCCCUUUCCACAGCGCAUGGUCCAUUUGAAUCCCUGAACUAUGUGGCAGUGUGAUUGCAAUGUUAACUCAUAAAUUAAUUAAUUUAAUAUUAACAACAUUUAGGAUAUGUGAUUCAAGUUCGUAUUUUUUCUCAUUUCGGAUAGUGAAGUUGUAUCUCAGGCAUGCAAACAUACGGGUUGAUAUUACUUGGUUUACUCACCAUUAUUUAAUUGACAGUAUCUUGUACAUAUUUAAUGGCGGGCUUUUUUUAGAUUAGAUCUAGCAUGAUAUGAUGAGCAAAGGUCAAGUCAAAGCUAUACGCCAAUAAGACAUUCACCCCAAGCACAUCGUAGCAUUACGUUUUCAAGAAUUGAGAUAGUUUAAGUGAUUAGCAAGCUUCCUUCCCUCAAUCAAAAGCUUAGGUUUAAACACCACAUGUACCGGAUAGUAGUGUGCUGAAAGAUAUUCUGUUGACAUCAUGCAUGAAAUGCAACCAAUAAAGCAUAUGCGUUAAUAUAAAUUUUGACUUAUCGAUUGAACUGGUUCUGGUGACCUCUGACAAGAGGCCUUGGAAGAUUACGAAAUUCUGAUAGAAUAUGCAAUUAAUUUCCAAAUGUAUAUCAGUCUAGCUAAGUGGACAUUUUGUUAUCUUAAUGAGUUUAUUAGUUAUAACGCUCAGUGAAAGAAACAAUCAUGACAAUCGAAUUGCGUGUGCAUGAAACCAUUAUAUCAAAGAUAUUCAUAAUAAUUAAACUUCUAAUUUUUAAAUUAA